CUUGUGAUCUGCGUUAGUGCUGGCCACUAAGGGGUUAUGUCCCCUAUAACCCUCCUGUCCCUUGCCCUGCCUCUCCCCGCCCCGUGCAUUCCCAGAGCAGGUCCUGGCUGGGCUCCAAGUUGACGAAAACAGCAAAGAGGAAGCCCUGGGAAAGCAUUAGCUCCCCUCCCCUGCUACAAAUCCUCCCACCUCUUCCCCUAUAGACUCGCUGCUCUUUGCAUCAUCAGUAAGCGACGCGGGACUGUGAUGUGUCGUGUGAUGGGAGGAAGUGUCUGACAUGGGAAGUAAUGACAUCUGGCGCCUCCAUUAAAAUACCUGCAUAGAUACCACCAUCCAGCUUCAGGAUGAAUGGGGAUAUGCCUCAUGUUCCCAUUACUACUCUAGCAGGCAUUGCUAGUCUGACAGACUUACUGAACCAGCUGCCUCUUCCAUCCCCCUUACCUGCUACAACUACCAAGAGCCUCCUGUUUAAUGGACGGAUAGCAGAAGAGGUCAACUGCCUUCUCGCGUGUAGGGAUGAACCUUUGGUCUCACAGCUUGUUCACAGCCUCAAUCAAGUGUCAACAGAUCACAUAGAACUGAAAGAUAACUUGGGAAGUGAUGAUCCAGAAGGGGACAUACCUGUCUUGCUGCAGGCCACUUUGGCCAGAAAUCCCAAUGUUUUCAGGGAGAAGAGCAUGCAGAACAGAUAUGGAGUGCAAAGUGGGAUGAUGAUGCCUCAGUACAAACUUCCCCAGAAUUCCAUGCAUGGCAGCCCUGCCUCUUCCAAUUAUCAACAAACAACCACUAUCUCUCAUAGCCCUUCCAGUCGAUUUGUGCCACCUCAAACUAGUUCUACAAACCGGUUUAUUGGCCAACAAAAUAGCCCUGUUCCUAGUCCAUAUGCUCCCCAAAGCCCUGCAGGAUACAUGCCAUAUGCCCACCCUGGAAGUUAUACACAGCAUCAACAAAUGCAACAAGCAUCUGUCUCCAGUCCGAUAGUUGCAGGUGGACUCAGAAAUCUGCAUGAAAAUAAAGUCUCCGGUCAGCUGUCUGGUAACGCUGCAAACCACCAUGCAGACAACUCUAGACAUAGUACUAGUGAUGAUUAUCUCCAGAUGGUACAUAGGUUGGGAAGUGAGGAUAGUGAUUCUUCGAUUAGAAAUGCUGCCUCCUUUUCCCUGCGCUCUCCACAGUCCGUGUGCUCUCCAGCGGGCAGCGAAGGGACUCCAAAAGGAUCAAGACCAUUAAUCCUACCGACGACUCCUUCCUAUGCUUCUCCCCGAGAUGCUCAUCCUGACAUACUGCUGGAUUCCCCAGACAGAAAACAGAAGAAACAAAAAAAGUUAAAAUUAAGUAAAGACGAAAAGGAGCAGAGUGAAAAGUCAGCCAUGUAUGACAUCAUUAGCUCUCCCUCAAAGGACUCCACUAAGCUUACCUUAAGACUCUCACGUGUCAGAUCUUCUGAAAUGGACCAGCAAGGUGACCUUCUCCCCAGUAUGGAGGACAGCAGUGUGUCAGAGGGAGAUUCCUCGUUCAAUAUACAGUAUCCUGGGCACACGUCAAAAACACCAAUAACUCCACACGACAUAAGUCGCCCGUUAAAUGCUGCUGCUUGCUUUCAGGAGCAGACUGAUUUCCUUCACGUGCAACAAGUGCCCGUCCUACAGCCCAACACAUCAGCAGCUGCAAAACCGCCUCAACCUCCUGUGGCUCAGUCACAGCCCCAACAAACAGGAAGCAUAACGCCAUACGACGAAGUGGAACUGGAUGCACUGGCAGAGAUCGAGAGGAUAGAACGUGAAUCUGCCAUUGAGAGGGAGCGUUCUUCUAAAGAAGUUCAGGACAAAGAUAAACCGUUGAAGAAGCGCAGACAAGAUUCCUAUCCAUUAGAAGCUGGGGGUGCUACUGGGGGAAAUAAACCAGCUUCCCAGGAAACUGAUACAGCAGGAAAUGGUUCAAGACCGGCCCUGAUGGUUAGCAUUGAUCUUCUACAUGCUGGCAGAGGGGACACUCAGGCAUCUGUAACUCAGGACUCAGACUUUGUCAGAAAGCCUGAAGACACAAAACAUUGUAAUGAUGGAUAUGUUUCUGGGACACAAGAGGAUACAUUGGGAGUCCUUAAACAUAACCCUGAAAACAAUCCAGGAACACCAAGAAAUGUGUCUGAUUUGGAAGCUGAGAAUCCUGAUAAGUCGAUUAAGAGCACACCUACUAAAUUUCCAGCAGAGAUCUUGCAGGGAGAACUGCAGAAUGAAACCAAACCAUCAAUUAUCAAAGCUGAACCUCCCGAGACGAAUGAGGAACAAAUGGUUUCAGAGGACAGCAAAAUGGAUACAAAACCUGAAAGCUGUGAAUUAAGUUGUGAGGACACCAAGGUAGAAAACAUGUGUGUUAGUGAGGAUGUAAAGACUGAGAAUCAGGUCAGUGAGACCACAAACGAUGACAAGCCUUGUGAUGGUGGAGAUCCUGCAGAAAAUACAAACCUUAAUGACUCUAUCAUGGACACCACAGAAGAUCUGAUAAAGAGUUCGAAUCCUUCCAAGCAACGGACUGAAGGAAAGCAAGACACCUCUAAACCAAGAAUAGAGGGGAAAUCGGAUACACCUCGACAAAAGAGUGAUGCAAAACCUGAACAGCCAAAACAAAAGAGUGAUGGGAAAUCAGAACCCAGGCAAAAGAGUGAAGGAAAGCCUGACACAUCCAAACAGAAAAGUGAAGGGAAGCCUGAUGCAUCCAAGCAAAAGAGUGAAGGGAGACCCGAGACAGCCAAACAGAAAAGUGAUGGAAAGAGCGACAUGCCCAAACAAAAGACUGAGGGCAAGUCUGACACAACCAAGCAGAAGAGUGAUGGGCAACCAGAAACACCUAGACAAAGAAACGAUGGGCGCCCAGAAACACCUAAGCACAAGAACGAUGGCCGGCCAGAAACACCAAAGCAUAAAAGUGAAAGUAAGCCCGAAACACUUAAACAAAAGAACGAGAGUCGGUCAGAUACGCUAAAACAGAAGUCUGACAGUAAACAGGAGUCUCACCGUCAGAAGAGUGAUGAACACUCUGAAGCAAGCAAACAAAAAGUGGAUACUCCGAAACACAAACACGAUAACAGAAGAGAUUCUAUCAGAUUAUCUUCUGAUAAGAAACCAGAUAUUUCUAAACAUAAAACAGAUUCCAAGUGUGAGUCCUCAAAAACAAAGUCUGAAAGUCGGUCAGAUGGAGGAAAACCGAAAGUAGAUGGGCGACCUGGACAUGAGUCUUCAAGGCGUGACCAUGAGAACACAAAACAGAAGUCAGAUGACAAAGCUGAUUUAGAUCGCCAAAAAGGGGAUCAACCUAGAGUUAGGAGGCCUGAAUCCCUGAGGUCUUUCAACAAAAGCGAGCAGGAGGCAAAACACGGGGUGAAUAAAUCAGAUCCAUCAAAAGUGGAUAAGUCCGAAAGGAAGCACCGACAUGAUUCAGACGACUCAAGAGAUAGACUUUCUUCUGGAGAACAAAAAUUAAGGUCAAGCAGCCCUCGAAUUAAGGGCGAUAGUAAAUCGGACUCCAGUAAAUCGGACUCUAGUAAACCUAAAUCAGAUAAACCUGUAUUAAGAUCUCCCUCUGGUAAAGAUGAGAAAAGGACAGAUGGUAACAAAAGUAAGAUGGAUGGGAAUAAAGCCAAUAGUGACAACAAAACGGGGUUCCCAAGUUAUUUGUUGGGUGGGAGUCAGGGUGCACUGAAACACUUCGUCAUUCCAAAACUCAAGCGGGAUAAGGAUGGUAAUGUUACCCAGGAUCCUAAACGGUCAGAACUAAAAGGGGAUGAGAAAGAGAAAUCUGGAAAAAUCGGUCUUGUGGGAGAUCUUAAUAAGGGUGCUAAACCUGUAGUAGUUCUUCAAAAACUCUCUUUGGAUGAAGUGCAGAAAUUGAUUAAGGAACGAGAGGACAAAUCAAGAAGUUCACUCAAGUCCAACAAAAAUAGGCCAUCUAAAUCCAGCAAAGGUGGCAUUGACCAAUCUGUGUUGAAAGAACUUCCUCCAGAACUGGUGGCAGAAAUUGAAUCAUCCAUGCCACUGUGUGAACGUGUUAAAAUGAACAAACGCAAGCGUAGCACAGUAAAUGAGAAGCCCAAGUACGCAGAGAUCAGCUCAGAUGAUGACAACGAGAGUGAAGAGGCCUUUGAACCAUCCAAGAAAAGGCAGAAAAAAGAUAAACGUGAUGAGGAUUGGCAAUGUGGAGAACGUGAGAGGAGAAGCUCUGGUGACCACCGCCGCAGUGGGAAUGACAGUCGACGUAGUAGUCGCUACCGUGAUCGUAGCCCAGAGGACUCUGAAAUGGAAGAUUCUCCACCUCCAAGCCUAAGUGACGUGGCCCGGAGAAUGAAGAAAAAGGAACGUCAGAAGAAAAGGAAAGCGUACGAGCCCAAACUAACGCCUGAAGAAUUGAUGGACUCCUCCACAUUCAAAAGAUUUUCUUCAGCUGUAGAAAAUAUUUUGGACAAUUUGGAAGACAUGGAUUUCACAGCAUUUGGUGAUGAUGAUGAGAUUCCACAAGAGCUCCUCCUGGGCAAACAUCAGCUUAGUGAGCUGGGGAGUGAGUCUGCUAAAAUUAAAGCUAUGGGCAUUACGAAUAAGAUCUCAUCUGAAAAAAUGGUCAAGUUACUAGGAAUUCUUGAAAAGAACAUUCAGGAUGGUUCUAAGCUUUCAACAAUGAUGAACCAUAAUAAUGAUGCAGAAGAUGAGGAAAAACUAUGGCGAGAUCUGAUUAUGGAACGAGUGACAAAAUCUGCGGAUGCCUGUUUGACGGCAAUCAACAUUAUGACUUCACCUAGCAUGCCGAAGGCAGUGUAUAUAGAGGAUGUAAUAGAACACGUUAUUCAGUACACUAAAUUCCAUCUACAAAACACACUUUAUCCACAAUACGACCCUGUCUAUAGGUUGGAUCACCAUGGAGGGGGCUUAAUGAGUUCCAAAGCGAAACGAGCAAAGUGUUCGACCCACAAGCAGAGAGUCAUUGUGAUGCUCUAUAAUAAAGUGUGUGACAUUGUGGCCAGCUUAUCCGAACUGCUGGAAAUACAGCUGCUUACAGACACCACUAUACUUCAGGUGUCGUCCAUGGGGAUUACUCCAUUUUUCGUGGAAAAUGUAAGCGAACUGCAGCUCUGCGCCAUCAAGUUGGUCACUGCGGUAUUUUCUAGGUACGAAAAACACCGGCAGCUCAUUUUGGAAGAGCUGUUCACAUCUCUUGCAAGACUACCAACUAGUAAAAGGAGCUUGAGAAAUUUCAGGUUAAACAGCAGUGAUGACGAUGGAGAAGCAAUGUACAUUCAGAUGGUGACAGCCUUGGUCUUACAGCUCAUACAGUGUGUGGUCCAUCUACCUUCAGAUAGAGACAAUGCAGAGGAAGAGUCAUCGAACAAAAAAGUUGACCAAGAUGUGUUCAUCACAAACUCCUAUGAAACAGCCAUGAGAACAGCACAGAAUUUUCUCUCGAUUUUCUUGAAAAAGUGUGGAAGCAAACAGGGGGAGGAGGACUACAGGCCACUGUUUGAGAACUUCGUUCAGGACCUUCUGUCUACAGUUAACAAACCAGAGUGGCCUGCUGCAGAACUGCUCCUCAGCUUACUGGGAAGACUUCUGGUGCAUCAGUUUAGUAACAAGUCGACGGAGAUGGCGCUCAGAGUAGCUUCUUUGGAUUAUUUGGGCACUGUGGCUGCAAGGCUCAGAAAAGAUGCAGUUACCAGCAAAAUGGACCAGGGAUCGAUCGAUCGGAUCCUUAAACAGGCCCCAAAAGGUGAGGAUGAAAUUCAGCAGCUCCAGAAAGCCCUACUAGAUUAUUUGGAGGAGAAUACAGAGACUGAUCCAUCACUAGUGUUUUCUAGAAAGUUUUAUAUAGCCCAGUGGUUUCGGGACACUACAAUGGAGACUGAGAAAGCCAUGAAAUCCCAAAAGGACGACGAUGGAUCUGAUGGAGCUCAUCAUACAAAAGAAAUUGAAUCCACGGGUGAUAUUAUGCAGCGAGCAGAGAAACGCAAAAAGUUCCUCAGGAACAUCAUUAAAACAGCGCCAUCUCAGUUUAGCACUUUGAAGUCAAGCUCAGACACUGUGGACUAUGAUGAUGCUUGUUUAAUUGUACGAUACUUGGCCUCUAUGAGGCCGUUCGCUCAGAGCUUUGAUAUUUAUUUGACUCAGAUUCUGCGGGUACUUGGGGAGAAUGCUAUUGCAGUUAGAACAAAAGCCAUGAAAUGUUUAUCUGAAGUAGUUGCUGUAGAUCCCAGCAUUCUUGCAAGGCUGGAUAUGCAGAGAGGAGUUCAUGGGAGGCUGAUGGAUAACUCAACCAGUGUUCGAGAGGCAGCUGUGGAGCUUCUUGGUCGGUUUGUGCUUUGUCGACCUCAGCUUGCAGAGCAGUAUUAUGAUAUGCUGAUUGAGAGAAUUUUGGACACUGGUAUCAGUGUAAGGAAAAGAGUAAUAAAGAUCUUAAGAGACAUUUGCUUGGAGCAACCAACAUUUCCAAAAAUCACUGAGAUGUGUGUGAAAAUGAUCCGCAGAGUGAAUGAUGAGGAGGGCAUUAAGAAACUAGUAAAUGAAACAUUCCAGAAGCUCUGGUUCACCCCAACACCUCAGAACGAUAAGGAAGCAAUGACCAGGAAAAUCCUGAAUAUAACAGACGUGGUUGCAGCUUGUAGGGAUACAGGCUAUGACUGGUUUGAGCAACUUCUUCAGAAUCUGUUAAAGAUCGAAGAAGAUGCUUCAUAUAAACCCGUGAAGAAAGCCUGCACCCAGCUGGUUGACAACCUUGUCGAGCACAUCCUGAAAUAUGAGGAGUCCAUGGCUGAGACUGACAGCAAAGGUGUGAAUUCCGGUCGUUUGGUUGCUUGCAUAACCACUCUGUUCUUAUUCAGCAAAAUCCGGCCUCAACUUAUGGUUAAGCAUGCCAUGACCAUGCAGCCUUACCUUACCACUAAAUGUAGCACCCAAAAUGAUUUCAUGGUGAUAUGCAAUGUUGCCAAAAUCUUAGAAUUGGUUGUCCCGCUUAUGGAGCACCCCAGCGAGACAUUCUUGGCAACAAUUGAGGAAGAUCUCAUGAAGCUUAUUAUCAAAUACGGCAUGACGGUGGUCCAGCAUUGUGUUAGUUGUCUGGGAGCUGUUGUAAAUAAAGUAACCCAAAAUUAUAAGUUUGUUUGGGCCUGUUUUAACAGAUAUUAUGGAGCACUUUUAAAAUUAAAAAGUCAGCAUCAAGAAGACCCAAACAGUACUGUCCUCACUACAAACAAGCCAGCACUUCUUCGAUCCCUCUUUACAGUUGGAGCAUUGUGUCGCCAUUUUGAUUUUGAUCAGGAAGACUUCAAGGGAAGCAGUAAAGUAAAUAUUGCGGUGAACAUAAAAGAUAAAGUUCUUGAGCUAUUGUUGUACUUUACAAAGCAUUCAGAUGAGGAGGUACAGACAAAAGCCAUUAUCGGUCUUGGUUUUUCAUUCAUCCAGCACCCGAUUCUAAUGUUUGAAGUGGACGUGAAAAAUCUAUACAACAACCUCCUAUCAGAUAAGAACUGCUCGGUGAAUUUGAAAAUUCAGGUUUUAAAAAACCUUCAAACCUACUUGCAAGAAGAAGACACGCGGAUGCAACAGGCAGACCGAGACUGGAAAAAGAUGUCCAAGCAGGAAGACUUAAAAGAAAUGGGAGAUAUUUCCUCAGGGAUGAGCAGCUCCAUUAUGCAGCUUUACCUCAAGCAGGUCCUGGAGUCUUUCUUAAGCACCCAAUCCAGUGUGCGCCACUUCGCUCUCAAUGUCAUUGCUUUGACUUUAAAUCAAGGCCUCAUUCAUCCUGUUCAGUGUGUGCCAUAUCUGAUUGCCAUGGGAACAGACCCUGAGCCGUCCAUGCGGAACAAAUCAGAUCAGCAGCUUGUGGAAAUAGACAAGAAAUACACUGGAUUCAUUCAUAUGAAAGCUGUUGCCGGCAUAAAGAUGUCCUACCAAGUGCAGCAAGCAAUCAUUUCUAACGAAAAGCGCAUGCUGAGGGGGUUCAGACAAGAUGAGACUACCAGCGCUCUGUGUUCCCACCUUUAUUCCAUGAUUCGAGGGAACCGUCAGCAUAGGAGGGCCUUUCUCAUAUCUCUGCUCAACCUGUUUGAUGAUGCCGCGAAAACGGAAGUGAAUAUGCUGUUGUAUAUAGCAGACAAUCUUGCUUGCUUUCCAUAUCAGACACAGGAAGAGCCCCUUUUCAUCAUGCAUCAUAUAGACAUUACAUUAUCCGUUUCUGGUAGCAAUCUGCUACAGUCCUUCAGAGAGUCCAUGGUGAAGGGAAAGCCGAAAGUGAAAAAGCCAGCCUCUGAAGAAGAAAGCGGAAGUGAAAGUGAGGAGGAAGUGGUCCGGCCGAGAAGAACGCGACGGCGAGCCAAUUCAGAGUCUGACUCUGAUGGCGAGGAUGAUGUAGAUCAUGUCCUAAGCUGUUUACCAGAGAGUGCUGGACCGCUAAUUGAGUUCGCAAAUGCCUCUCAAGGAAUCCUGUUGCUUUUGAUGUUGAAACAGCACUUGAAGAACUUGUGUGGCUUUUCAGAUAGUAAAAUUCAGAAAUAUUCUCCUUCUGAGUCUGCUAAAGUGUAUGACAAGGCUAUAAACCGAAAAACCGGAGUCCAUUUCCAUCCUAAGCAGACCCUUGAGUUUCUGAAGAGGGAUAUGACGUGUGGAAAGCUUAAUGAAGAUACGAAGAGGACUAUUGCAAAGCAAUAUUUGGAUUUCAAGUUACUAAUGGAGCAUUUAGAUCCCGAUGAAGAGGAGGAGGAAGGCGAGGUAUCAGCUAGCACAGAUGCUCGAAAUAAAGCCAUUACCUCAUUGCUUGGUGGUAACAGCCCUAAGAACAAUGUGGCUGAGACUGAAGAGGAAGAGAGUGAUGGAGAGGAGAAAGCUGGAGGCACGUCGGGGUUGAGAAAAUCGAAAAGAUUAUCAGACUCUUCAGACAUGGCAGGACAGAUGAAUGAAACUGUAGAUGUCCAGGAUGUUAUUGCAAUUUGUUGUCCAAAAUACAAGGAUCGGCCUCAGAUUGCUAAAGUAGUUCAGAAAACCAGCCACGGCUUCAGUGUUCAAUGGAUGGCUGGCUCCUACAGGGGCCCUUGGGCCGAGGCAAAACGCCGUGAUGGCAGAAAACUGGUGCCUUGGGUUGACACUAUAAAAGAGUCAGACAUUAUUUACAAAAAAAUCGCUCUAACGAGCGCCAAUAAGCUGACUAAUAAAGUUGCUCAGACUUUACGAUCGCUGUAUGCAGCCAAGGACGGGACUUCCAGCUAAUAAAUUUGUAUAUUUGCAGCCAAAUUUACAGGAAAACAAGAACAGAUACAAACUUGAAAUCUCAGCAUUCUGGCAAAAAAAUUCAACCUAACAAACAAGAUAAAAAGAUCAGUUUUAUGAAGAGUAAGAACGGAACUUGGCCGUGUGAAGGAAAUGUUUGGUAAACAUUUUGUGGGAGCUUCCUUCGCUGUUGUACAGCAGAAACUUCUCAGUUCAUUUUUACUCCCACUGUAUUAUAGUUUAACAAAAAAUUGUUUAUAUCUUGAAGAAUACUUUCUGUUUAAAAAAAACAACAAAAAAAUUUACAAAAAAUAAACAAGUGAAUGUUGAAAAUUAGUCUGUUAAUGUUCUUAAUAAAGUGUUCUUGGAGUUUAACCUAGCAGCGGAUGGCUUUCUUUAGCUUAGCCCGGUUUCCAGGGAAGCAUUGAUUUUUUUUUUUAUUAUUUUUUUUUCGUUUUUCUUUCUCCAGGCUGUAAAGUGGCGAAUGCUCUGGAUAUAUAUAAUUUAUUCUGUUGAAAACAAAAAAGCAUGCAGUAUCUAUGACCUAUCUGCAGGAGGAGGUUUUUUUUUUGUAAAUGUAGAUUUUGAUGUAUUAGGUCACCCUGAAAUUAUACACGAAAAGGGAUCCCCAGAAUACCUGCUGGAGAUAAUACUGCAAUAAAUUUUUUUACUUCUUUGUUACCUGUCUGUUUCCAUUUGAAUUUCUUAAUGUAAAGCUGUUUAAAUCCAAUUAUAUUAUUUUGCAGUCUUUUAUGUAAAAUUUACUAUCAGUCGUUUUCAACUCAAGGCAUAAAAUAUUGUUUAUACAGUUUGUAUAGUGACUUCGAAAUAACUGGUAUCUUUAUUUUCAUCCCUAUAAAAGGGUAUAGACACGAUUUAACUCCCGAUUUUAUUGUAUUCUGAAAUAUCUAGUGUUAACUAUAUAUGAUUUAGCACUGUGCCAAACUCCUUUUCAAGAAUGUUUGAUAUAAAAAGAAACUAUAGUUUA